UUCAAACCCAAACUAUCUAUUAUUGAUUUUUGAAUUCAAUUUCAAUUAUAUUGAUUAUUAAUUUGAAUCCCUUGACAUUUAUAUGUCAUUUUGAUGUAUCCAAUUGAUUAUUCAAACAUGAGAAUAUAAUCAAAGCAAUAAUAGCAAAGUAAAACAAUCAAUGAAUGUACCAAAUUUAUGUGGAAAACCUAGACGGAAAAAACCACAAGACUAUAUCCUGACACAAACCAAUCCACUAAUGAAUCAAGAGAGUACAACGCCAAUGUCUCAGAUUCUUACCCCUAAGAAUCACCUAAAUUGAUUUAUCUCUAAACCAGUCUAACGCCAGACACUCCUUUUGAGUUCUGCUGCUGUCCAAUCAAUGAAGCCGCUCCUCCCCUGCUGGGCUCUCUUUUAUAAUAUCUUACUUAUCAAAAAAACGAAGAAAAAAAAACACGAACCCCCUCCUCAAAGUGUGUGUGAUAAACAAAAAUAAUGAUGCAUAGAUAAUCUUAUGAAUCUCUAUGUAAAUCACGUAUCAAAGUCUGUUUUAUAUGUUUCUAAUAUAUUUUUUCAAAAUUCUGAUAGUUUAUUAUAGGUUUUUUUUUUUUUUUUGGAUAGAUAUGUAUUAUAGGUAUUUGAAUGAGGAGUUAAUAAGAAAUAGCUUUUUGGAAAGAUUUAGAAGUCAAAAUGAAUAAGAAAACUGAGUUCCAGCAGCUACGGGUAGAUCGCUAGCCUGGGAGAUUGAUCCCUUGCUCUCAGCACUUAAAGGAUCAUCCUUCUGCUAGGGGGAUUGAUUCCUCUUGAUGCAAAAAUAUCUUUUGCCUUUUUAAUGCAAUAAAACCAAUUUCAUGCAAAAGCAACCUUGUGGGUAACUAUAUUAGGUUAACUGAAACACUUAUACAGGAACAUGCAAAUUAAUUGUAAUGCAAUCAAACCAAAUCAUGCAAAAUUGUACUUUCGCUUGAGUUUAAAUAAAAACCCUAAUUGUUAAUGAUCAACAAAGUUACUCAAAUUACCUUUUUUCACUUGACAUCUUCAUCAUUGUUGAUCAUCCCCAAUGGAUCAAGAGUAAUCAACUCUAUCUGAAUGACUCAAAAUAUAAAAUAAAAAAAUUACAGACUCCGGCUUUUGUUACACAAUUUGCCAAUUUACGACACUAAAUCAUAACAAAAUCCAUUGUCAAAACUUCGAGAUUACUCCACUCGUGGUUAAAAUAAUCUAUGAGAUAAUCUAUUGGAAAUCGAUCUGCAUCUAUCUCAUUCAAUAAGUUGGUAAUUGUUAUUACAUAACCUGUUUUCACUUUCAUGGUCUCGUACUGAACCAACAUGUGAUGGCAGCAUCAUGGACCAUUUAACAAUCCAUGAGCUUUGGGAUUUGUGUGUCCUUCCAAAUCACCCUCACUAAAAACUGUUGCACAUAAAUAUCCAGCAAAACAACUAACGAUCUUGAUUUUUUGCUAUCACCAACCCAACAAUCUCCAUCUUGAUAGUAAAAUUACCAAAUGCUAUGCCACUCUAUCAUCUCCAUUCCAGUGAUCAUACAUGUGUGAAUCAUCUACCUAAUGUGAAUGAUUAGCAGCACAACCCUAUGUUGCUUUCCUACCCUCUCUAACUAUUGAUUUGUUGAAUGCCUUGCACUAAAAUCAUGAAGGUCUGAUUCCAUUAGUACGGAAUCAAAUACAUGUGGAAUACCUGCAAGGAUCUUGUGCAGGUAUGCACGCUAAGUUUGGGGGAAAAAAAAAAAACAAAACACAUCACAACCUAGUAAAAGCAAGGAAUUUCAUGGCUUGAUACUAAAGAGCAUAUGUCCACGGGUAAAAUGGUAAAAGAUAAAUCCACUAUCAAAACAUAGAGAUUUCGCUAUUCAUGGGUUAAUCAAUCCAUUCAAUUUUCCGAUCAAAAACCUUCCAAAAUCUAUUGCAACUCGCUCAAGAACUCCGACAGAUGUUGCUAUACUGCAAGUGGCAUUUCAAACCAUAUGAUGGUGUUGCCCAACAAUCUACGAGUCUUGGGAUUUUUUCAUGAGUUGCUACACACCAAUAGCAAAAGAGAGUGCAGAGUGCUUGAGAGGAAGUCACUCCCUCAAGAUCCCUUGUCCACCCAAAGGAUUAUGUAAUUUAUGCUCCCUCGUAAUGUCUUCAAUGAGUAUACAUGACUUCAGACCUUUUCUGGAGGAUGUUGAACUUGCCGGACUGAUGAACAAUUUGGGGCUUCCGCUUUCCUUCCACACAAACAAGGAGAAGAGAAAUGGAAGGAUAAAAGGAAAAAGAAAGGAAAAAAAUAAGAAGCAACCAUAUGGUCAUGAUGAAUAUGAGGACGGGUUCCUGGAUUUAAUCAAAACAAGUGAUGGAGAGGUUGCAUCUCCCUCUAUUUUUUAUGACAAUACAAGAAAUUCUUUAUGUUGCAUGUCAGUGCUGGGCCAGAGUGAAUCAUCUUCCUGUGAUAUUGCAGUGGAUGAUAAAAUUCAUUCUCUCUCUGGUGAAGGAGAAAAUUCAGCAAGUUCCAUUGCUGUGGUCAUCUGUGCUGCUGCCAAGGAAGAGGUACGCCAAUCUGAUGUUGUGUCAAAUUAUGGCCUCAAUUGUGAUUCUGUACACAAUAAUUCAAAGGACAACAUGAAAAUUGCAGCUACUCCGAUCAGUUUAGAUGCUGGAACUUCUCAAAAAGGCUAUUCAAUAAAUGAUGGUUUUGACAAUCAUAAGAAAGCACAGGACGAGAUAUUAAUGGAGUAUUGCUGUUUGGAAGGUCCCUCAGUCGUUGUCCAGGACAGAGAAGGUGAACAUUUUUAUAGUGAUAUUCACUUUGAGCUGCCACAAGGGCAUGACGUGGUUGCAUAUUCACAAUCUUUAGAAGUUCUUGAUUGUGAUGGAACUGGCAGUAAAUGCAAUGGUGACUUUGGAGACUGGAGGACAUAUUGGGACUCAGACUGGAGGGCAUAUUGGGACUCUUUCUACAUGAGAAACUACUUUUAUAAUAUCAAAACACACGAGUCAACAUGGUACCCCCCUCCAGGCAUGGAAAACCUAGCUUUUGAUGACACUACUAAUAAACCAAACGAAACAAUUGUUGUUACGGCCGAGAUGGAUGUUGACCCUGCACUUUCUUGCCAUCAUACUGAACUGCUAGAUUCUUGUGGUUUGCAGUAUAACUGUUACUCAUCUCAGGAUAUCAAUAAUGACAACAGAUCAGUGCACCAGCCACCUGAUGAGCCAUCAGAGGGGUUUGAGCUCGCUGCUGACAACUUGUAUGACUUAAUGACAACACCUGCUUUAAGCUGCAGUCCUGAACAUUUGGAUGAACCCCCAGAUAUCAACAAAAGUCGCAUCAGUGAAAUUUCACUGAAUUUGUUAUCAGAUGCUCAGGAGCUUGUUGACGGGCAAUUAAACAACCCCGAGAAGAUUCUCUCUUGUGAGGAAAAUCAUUCAAAGUGUUAUGAGGAAACGUUCUUCCAAGUAUCUGAUGCUGGCAGCUUGGCCAGUACACUCACUGAAGCUGUAUCUGAUUAUGAUUGGAAUAGUAAAAUGCACACAGGAGAUGUGGAGUCUUCAAGAGAUAAGUUGGAUGCUGAGCAAGAUUCUAUCUCUACAAAACACAAAGAAAAAGUGAGGAGAGCACGAUCACGUAGGAAAUUAUCCAAUUACAAUGAAGAUCUUCAAUUUCAAGGGAUUUGGGAGGAGUCCUCUCCCAUUAUUAGCAAGUAUUGGUGGCAAAGAUACCUACUGUUCUCCAGAUUUGAUGAUGGUAUUAAAAUGGACGAAGAAGGAUGGUUUUCUGUCACGCCAGAGCCUAUAGCCAAACAUCAUGCAUCCCGUUGUGGCACUGGCAUCAUUGUGGACUGUUUUGCUGGAGUUGGUGGCAAUGCUAUUCAAUUUGCACAGAGGAGCAACCAUGUCAUUGCAAUUGAUAUUGAUCCGAAGAAGAUUGACUAUGCACAACAUAAUGCAGCCAUCUAUGGAGUUGAUGACCGUAUAGAAUUCAUAAGAGGGGACUCUUUCCUUCUGGCACCAAAGUUGAAGGCUGACACCGUCUUCUUGUCACCCCCUUGGGGAGGACCUGGUUAUGCUAAAGUAACAACAUACGACAUCAAGACAAUGCUUAAGCCACAUGAUGGAUACUUUCUUUUCAACGUUGCAAAGGGGAUUGCUUCCAGGAUUGUCAUGUUCCUUCCCAGAAACAUUGAUCUCAACCAACUGGCAGAGUUAUCUCUAUCGAAUAAUCCUCCCUGGUCACUAGAGGUGGAGAAGAACUUCUUAAAUGGCAAGUUGAAGGCCGUUACUGCCUACUUCAGCAGCACCUCGGUGUAGAAGACAGGCAUCAGCUUAUGGAAACAGGACCAAGGUCAUGAUUUUGUGGAUAUUGACCGGCCAUGGAGGUAAAAUGUACAGGUUGUGACGGGAGACCGGGGUUUCACUGGUAGGUGUUAACCCCAUGUAUAUUUUUAUAUGUCAUUAUAUGUAUUUUUGCACAUUAUUAUCUUAUGCUGUGGACAUUAGUCAGAUGUGAAUUUAUUUAAUAUUAUAUUAUAUUUGAGAAUUUUCUUAUUUCUU